AUGGCAAAAUUGGUGUUUGCGACAACCUCCCACAUUAUUCGAUACAACAGUACAACUCUCAAACCAACUCUCAACCGAUAUUCGCUGCCAAAGACAAGAAUGUCUAGACUAUCUCACUACAACGACAUCGAGGAGGGCGAGAUCAUCGAGACGAGGAAGCCGUCCAGCAGACUUGCCGUGAGGAAUAUAUCAUGGGGCGGUUCUAAUCGCCCAGUGAGUCCCGCACGAGAAGCGAGACGGAUGGCCGAGCCCUAUCAAAACUCCUACAAGCGUCCCCAGGCCUCAGCACCUGCACCGCGGUAUGAGACGCCUGGAUCUGCAUCUGCAUCGCAGCCGUCGUCAAAACUGAAGCUCACGCUAGAGGAACUCGAACUUGAGUGGGGGAAGAAAAGCCCACCGGCUGGGAGGAAUGGGAUGAAGAUGACCGUCCGAGGAUACGUCCGCGCUGUUGAGAGACUACUAGAAGAAGACCCCGUCAUUGAGCCGGUUGGAUCGGGGACAGUUGAUGACCCACGGAUUAUCUGGAUAUCCAAGGCCGACGACAGACCUCGUGGCCGUGUAGCCGGCAUCGAGAGGAUAUGCCGCCUAGCAUGCGCAGAGAUGAAAACAACAAAGAUUUGGAUCCGGAAGUACGACCAUGGAACCACACGCACCUUCACACAAACUGCCCGUGGCAAAAUCGAAAGGACAAUCUCCGAGGAUGACCCGCAUAUCACCGUGUAUAUGGGCCAUAGCGAAGACUACCUCUAUGAAGGCCAUAUCUACAUCGGGUACUCCAAAGCCAACCCUUAUAUCCCGGCUCGACUUGCUGAGCCUGAAGAGCGGCGCUUUGCUAAGGACGGAAAUAAAAAUCCAAUCCCUGUUCUGGACCGACAAGGGCUUCGCAGGGAAGCCUACGCUAUGGGCCUUCUGCCGAUUCCUAUUGAUCCAGACUCAGACUCAGGUGUAAACUCAUCGGACCCAGACUCCGAUAUCUACUCGAAAGCUGCUUCUAAAGGAGGCAGAUGGAGACCCUCGGCUACUGAUCCCUAUAAGAUCGAUACAUGGCGGCCCUCCAGCACUGUUAAUUCUUACAGCAGAAAUACAAAGCGGUACUCAAAUGCUGACUCCUAUACCAGAGAUUCAAAACGAUACUCAAAUGUUGACCCCUACAGAGACUCAUGGCGGUCGACAAAAUACUAA